GCUCGAACUCAACUAGCUGUCGUGAGUGUCAUGUUAUUUUCAUUCAUCAGUAAUUCGUGAGUUACGACAGAAAUUUAAACACUGUUUUGUAAUACUUUGUGAAAUCCAGGAGUAUUUCGCCCAAAAAAAAUGUUGCGGUACUCACUUAUAUUGUUAUUAGUAAAUAUUUACGGUCGUAGUUUGGGAGUACCUGUCCCAAAGCAAAACAGUAACGGUAAAAUAUUGAUAAGUAACCUGCUGAAUGAUCUCAGCAAACAAUGCAAAAACGAGUUUGUACUGAGCCAAAUUGAGAGCAAAAACUCCACAUGCGAUGUGGAAAUGAACUUUCACAUUGAUAAUUUGCAAUGUUUGAUGUUUUACGACGCUAACCGUCUUCUGUGUAACCUAACUGCACUGAGUAGUGCUUACCUUGCAACAGAUUUUAAGGAUAAGAUUACCGAAAAACAAAACGUUUCCGCUUACUGCAGCGAAGCUUCGCAUUUCACCAUUCCUUCAACACCAUACCAACGUAUGCUUACUAUAGUGUUCCAAAGUUCGGAUGACUGUAAAGGAGUUUGCACUGAUGAUGACAUAAGAACUGGUGAUACAAACUUCUUCUGCAAGUAUUACAAGUGGUCAUUGUUGAAUCUCCCUAUACCACAGAGCUCUCUUCAGGGCUCUGUACCUACUGUUUCUGCUGGUUUAGGAACAACAGGUGAUUUACACAAAACUGAUGCAACAGCAAUUCAGGGGAUUCAACAGUCAGAUGGACAAGUUAAAAAGACUUCAGAUACUGUAGAUACUAAUACACAGUUGGUAAAAGUUAAGGAAACAAAUCAACACACAUCGGAAGUGACCAAACAAGAGUCCUCUUCGGCAAUACAGUUGACUGUUUCACAAAAUCCAGAAAGUCUUAAUUUGCCAAGUAAUGUAGACAGUAGUAAGAAGAGCACCCAAAAAUCUGUAGUUAAUGAAGAAACUGCAGACAAAGCUGGAGACAUGGAUCCUGGUGACUCGGUUGUGGAACCGAUUGAUGCUGGAAAUGAAGGUGGCAUUGAGAACAAUCCUGGAGAGAUUAAGGAUCCGGAUGUUUCAAUGCAACAAAUUGAAACCCCGAAACAUAAGAUAGUUUUGGAAAAUGAAGAUACUGAUGAUACCGGAAUGGACAUGGAUGAUGAUGGAAAAGACGCCAGUGAUGACGGAGAUGACACAAUUGUUGGAGAUUUGGAAGUGAAACAAGAACAGGAAGCUAGCUCACAUAAAAGAAUCGAAACCCAGGUGUCCUUGAAUGGAGACGGGGCGCAAAGGGAGUUUUUCCAAAAUCCUGAUGGGUUUACAGAAGAUGACGACCAUUUCUUCCCCUUCUUCUUGACCGCCGUGAUAGUCGUUGUAGUGUUGUACGUUUUAUACCACAAUAAGAACAAAGUAGGAAAAAUGUUCUUCGGUCUAAUAGUGGAGGGUCGGCAGCCGGGCCGCCGACGCAACAGCCGCGGCCACGCCUACCGCCGCCUCGACACCCUGGAGCAGGCUAUGAGCGCCAACAGCCCUGCGCCACCCAGCAAAAUCAUAUACUGAAUCUACUAGUCUCCUUGAAAGGUGUGAGUACCACCCGUAAACUAGCCCUGAGGACCUACCGCUAACAUGGAAACUUCGAAAAUCGUUAUAUGCUUCACUAUCGCUCGAAUAUGUAAGAGUGAUUCAGAAACAGAUGACUUUAGAUUUUUAGACGUUGGCGUUAAGCCCUCAGAAUUCCCGCCAUGAGUCGUCUUACAAGUGGGCACCGCGUAUUGUUUUGAUGUAUGAAGCGUAGCUUUUCAGUGUAACCUGAGGAAGGCGUUACAUGACCAGAUCUGCCACCGGCGUCUGGUUGCUGGAUUUAAGUGAAGGGAUCGAUUACACCUAAGUGGUUAUGCAUUAUCAUCACUCUUCUAUAAAUUUCUAGAGGAAGUGUUUUUAUUACACAUGCAUAGGCAACGCUAAACAUCGAAGCAUACGUAUUUAAUUUUGCGUAAUCUGAUUUUUACUAAUAUUCGGGAAUUGGGACUUCCAAUAAAAGAUUACGACUCUUACACAAAUAGUGCUGGGAUUUAAAUAAUGCUUCAAUGUCGUCGAAUCAUUUAGAAUUGUCCCUAAGUCAUUAUUUAUUACAUGUGGCAAUUAUGUUAUCAGUAUUUUUCUUUCGAAUUAUUUGUUUCACUUAAUAUAAAUGUAAUAAUAAUCCAUGUUAAAAUUACAAUUUAAUAGAAACUUCUUAAAUUGUAGAUUUGUACCUUAAAAAUGUAAUAAUUCAGAAAGUACAAUAUGUAACUUAGGUAUUUAGGUGUGCCUUCAUUAUUUAAUGCUUUCAUAACCUUCAAAACUGUUAUGUCUUUUGGUGUUUUUUUAGCGAUUUGUUAUACAAGUAUAGUUAUUAUAAUACUUACAUCUAUAUCUCCUUCUCCAUAUCAAAACCUAAAAUGUAUCAUGAUUAUGUAGAGUAUCAUUUUGGAUCUCAUGUACUUUUUAAAUAUGAAGUAUGAUUUUCCUAUAAAGUGAUUAUCAAAUGCUAAAUUAAAAUGUCUGUCUUUAUUAAGAAUAUUAUGGUAUACCCCAUUUCAUAUACCAUGGCGGGAUUCCCCUUGAGACGGUCAUUAGGCGUAAACAAUACAAGUAGUGACAACAAAAGAUACACGUGAAACUUUUGCGGCGUCGUGUCUUACACGUAACUGUCCAGUCUUGAUUCUUUCGUGUUAUUAUUUGACCACACGCUGGCUUUGAGGAGCAGAGCUUGUAAAGCAAUGUUAAACAAUAGAUCAACAUUAUGGUUCUCUUGGUGCAGUUUCAUGUGGAAUCCCGCCAUGGAAAAUGAAAUGGGGUAUACCUAAACAGGUUUAUUCGUCGUGUAUUAUACGAUUGAUACGAUUCUAUAUAUUUGCUGUACUGAAAGUGUUAAUUUAAUCUUUAAUUACAUGUCAUUCAAACAAAAACAUCUAUACUUGGUGUGGGCCUUUUCGUCUGUGUGAGAUGUUUUAAGCAGCAUCCUGGUAACGACACUUGCGUUCAUGGCUGUAUAGCCCUAUGCGAGAGAGGAUCCCUCGGAAAUUCUAGUGUAACAAAAAGUCUUAAAAACACUGUCUGUGACGCAUGUGUGAAAGCACAAACAACCGAACUAAAAUAGAUGCGUGAAGUCGACAAAUAAUACGUACUGAAAUCACACGAUCUGUACCUACUAUGGAACAUGCGCCGGACGUUUACUGAGGCUUGGACACAGCCUUGACACGUUUUUUACUUAACGUCACUGCGCUUGUAAAUUACGUCAUGUUCUAUUGUUAAAAACCAUAAUGAAACCCUGAAAACUCUAUAUAAGGCUUUCUUUUCUGAAAAUUUGACAGAUCAGGAUCACAUAGCGGAAUUUACCCACGCAACGUUAUGUCGUCUAGGAUUAAAUCUGUAAACGUAAACAAUCGAGUACAUUACAGUAGUUUCUUCUUCUAUGAUUGCCAUAGAACGAGUUUAACUCUUGUUUAUUUAUUUUAGUUGCUGCCGCUGCACAGCUGUGUUUCUCUUGGACAGAUAUCGAAAAAAAUAUGGUCUCUCAUUUAUUAUCAUUUUUACCUCAUUUGCACAAACAUAUUUUUUUAUUUUUUUCUUAUAUAGUGCACUGGCAAUUUAGGUUGUGAUAGCAGCAAUACAGUAAUUAUAAUUGAGUCUUACAAUGUAUUUUGUGCAAUUAUAGUCCAUUAUGGUUUGCGAAUAGGCGUAAGUUUUUAAUUAUAUUUCUAAACUUAUGACGCCCUUAUCGAAUAAUAUUCGUUUCUUUUAAUGUAGCUUAGAUUGUAUAAUGUUUUUAUUGCAGAAUAGUAUGAACUUGAUGGGCGUAUCAUACCUACUGAAGUGUCGCUCUGUAAGAGAUAUAUUUUGUACAUACUUAUUUUAUCAAAACCUUAUUUUCGUUUAAAACGAAUUUAUUUUUGUUCUAAUGACAUGUAAAUAGUUUAAGUAUUUAUUUAAGCCCAUUAAGGCACAUAAAGUAGUUUUUAAUAUGUUUGUAUUUGUUAAAAUAUCACGUAGGUAUUCAGUUUAUUUUCACCACGUGUUGUAACAUGAUCUAAUUAGACACAUAUAUGUAUACAUAUUAUUAUGCAACACUUAUGUGAACUUUGUAGACAAUAUGAAAUAUAUCAUACAGCAGUGUUUCAACAUUCAUACUCAAAGUAUUGUAGGAAUUUAGAGCGAAGAGAUUGACGCCACUUGAUUUUGUAUGUAAUUGAGUUUAUAUGUGACAUUCUUGAUAAUGGCUGUACUAUUUCUGUUAUAAAUAUAUACAGUAAGUGUCAACGUGUUGGCUGGAAAUAAACUUUAAAAAUCGAAUGUAUUUUUUUGCUCUUGGUAAUCCAUAGUUUAGAGUAAGUAAGUAGAUAUUCUUUACAUUACAUAUGGUGCUAUUUUACCGCACUAGUGCGAAAAUUAGCAUAUUACGUUACUGUGUCGAACAUUUAAAGGGCCAUAUGUACUGUAAAACGUACGAUACAUGUGCGAAUAGGUAAUUCGCAACUCGUGUCGUUUUAAAACACUCCCUUCGGUCAUGUUUUAAUUUAUCGCCACUAGUUUUGAAUUUCCUAUUUUUCGCACUUGUAUCGUAAUGUACUAUUACAGUAUAUGGUGCUACUUUCCCGCACGCGCGUGUUUUAAUUUAUCACAACGCGUAGCGAAUUUCCUAUUUUCACCAUACAGUACAGUACAGGCAGUGUUAGAUUUGUUUUAAUCAUCUGGUGUGCCAAUUUCUAUAGGCCCUUUUUCAGUACAGACGUUGACACCUAGUCUGGCAGGCAUCAUUAAUUUUGUAGUUACUUCGAAGUUACGCUAUUUUCUGAAAAAAUAUGUCCCGAAGGUGUUGAACGUUGAUAUAAGUAAUAAACAGGAUGAAAUUGUUAUGUUUGAUCAUACGCCGAGGGGCGAGGGGUGAAUAUGCGGGUCAUAAUAACCGUAGGGUAUUUCACUCUGUCUGUAUCUAGAUUAUCUAGUCAACAAGGACAGAAAAUAAAUUGAAUUGGACAAAACGAACAUACGAAAGGCAUACGAGGCAGACAUAAUAUAUUAUCGCCAUCUGUGCCAUCUCGUUUAAAACAAUAUCCAAAAGGCUUCACAAUUGCCAGAUCAGCUUAUAAUGGCGCUCAGUAAAUGCUCACCUUGCCGACAGAUGGCGGGCGUAAUGGUUUCAGCGAAGCUGCUCAAAACUUGACGUUGCCAAAAGCUUGGUAUAAAAUUAGCUCGCCGUGCUUAUCCUUAUUUAAUCAGAAUUUUAUUGCACGUGCACCUAACGCGCGAGAGCAAUCGAGGCUAGGUAUCAUACGAUUCCUCGCAUCUCGUAUGCAGAGUGGAUAUAACGAACCCUUGCAUAUUAUACAAAUGCAAUGACAAACAGUGACCGCUCUCCAAUUAAAAAAUAUGACUUUAGUAGUUAAUAUCAUACUUACGAAAUUACAGCUUUCUAGCAUAAAAAAAGACUUAAUGGCUCCAGUUUUGGUUAUUAGUGGGGCAAGGCAUAAAAUAAAAAAAUACGGCCCCUAUAUCUAUACAGCCAUUAUUUAUUAAUAUUUUUCACCACACCGGCUGCUAAAGGCUGUCUUUGUAAAGUUUCUUUGUAAGGGUUUUUUGAAGUCAAACACUGAUAGGAAAGUUGCACUUUAUCCACAUUUGUAUUUUCCACGCGUUGAUGGUAUGGUGAAAAAUGAUCCCCCUUAUUCAUGACAUAAACGUGUAGAUACUAAAGUUACGAUGCCGCUAAUAAUCGUUUGUCCCUUUCCAUCAUACCAAUACGUCGGAAAGGGACAAACGAUUAUUAGCGGCAUCGUAACUUUAGUACACGUUUAUGAAUAAGGGGUUUGUGUUUCCCUCGAGAGUAGUUUAACUCUCGUGCCUUGAGCCGUGCCGUGCUCUUGUCAGAUACUUUUGGCGCGUUGUUUCAUCCGCUACUAUUGAUGCUGACUGUACAAAGUUAAGAGUAAAAUUUUAAAUACAAGUAUUUUCUAAAUCUACUUUUAUUUAUUACAUCGAAUUUUGCACCAUAACGCCAUCAGUUCUGUUUUAUGGAAUAGACUAUGAGUCAAAUCACGAUCAUUACAAAAGUAUUAUUCCCACUGACUGAGAAUAAAAUAUAUCCCACUAGUUGCCACCAAGUUCCCGGUGGUAACAACUGGGAAAUAUGUAGUAUAGUUAUUUAUUUUACAAGGGAGCCAAGAUGUUGUUUAACUCCUUGUGCUAUUGAUACCCAAGCAAGCGAAAGAUUUCAAACUGAAACAUGAGCAUAGCUAGUGUUUCGUGAAGGAUUUCAAGGCACGAGGGUUAAACAAACUUUGCCACCUAGGGAAACACAUGGUUAUAUGAGGAAGGGUGGUUAUAUAGGUAUAGGUAUAUACCCAAAAGCAUAACUGCACAAUAGCCUCAUAAAUCAUUAAGCUAUUACUUAUCAGUAAGCAUGUAUUAUGAGGUAAUUAAUAAGAAAAGGUAGUUAUAAUAAAGCAUUAGCUUAAUGCGCCUACUAAUUACGCUUACGAUCUUAUUUUUCCUGGUACCUAUUAAGUAACGAAAAUAUAUUUAAGUUCAUAAUUAAUUAAUUAGUCGCUGUAAAUUAUUAAUCUUGUAUUCAAGUAUAAUAUAAAUAGACAGGUAAAAAUUGAUUCAUUGUGUGUUCCGAUUCGAUAAGAAGUGCUUGAGAAGGUUCAAAACCACAAAAUAUAAUGGAAGAAUAUAAGUCGCAGUUAAAUGAAACUUGUGAGGCAUUUGAAAAUAAUAUUACCAUAAACGUCACCCAGGACGCUCAAUUAGACAAAGAAAUAUGGGAAUUCCAAAAAGAAGAUUCAGAUGAUAUGGCAUUGUAUAAUCUGUGCGAAAAGAUUGAAAAUCAGGUCGCUUUGCUCUCUGAGUUACUACCGCCAGAAACAGUGUGUCGACUAUUUCAACGAAAUACCUAUAAAGAUACGAUCACUCCGAAAUCCUAAGGUAAACUACAAUGAACCAAGGAUUGAGAAAGAGCAGAAAAUAAUAAAAUUAGACGAGAUGAAAAUAUAUAAAAUACAUGUUGUGAUAAAUGGCAUAGCAGCCAUAGGCGAAGGCGAGCCGGUCGCCUUCAAGCUGCGUAAACUGUAACAUGUCACAGAAACUUUCAGAAAUCACAAUUGAAGAAGGCAAAAUACAGUUGUACCGGAUUUUUUAGGAUCAAUUUUCAAGUGUCAUUCAUAAAUGAACAAAUGUGUGUCAGAUAUCUAGAAAUAAAUUAUUAAUACCACCUUA